AGACCAUUUUUCUCAUGUUUCCCAUCAUGUCCUCCUGCCUUCUGCAUCCCCUGGCAGCCUUGGCAUUCUUAUGCUCCAUAUUUGGUCCCUCUGGGUUAAGGAAGGAACUAUCCUCCACUCCCCCAAUGCCAACUCCAGCUGCAUCUGGCCCCCCACUCUCCUUGCCCCACCUUCUGAUUCCAAAUGUAGGGGCUUGCAAAAGUUCUGAUUCCCAACCUUUUCUUCUGAUUAGCACUGCACAUGAGCAUCAAGAGCAGAGAGAUGCUAUUCAAACUCUUCAAGAGACCCAUCACUUGGUCUGGACACUCUUUAUUCUUGGGGAACCUGAUAGCUGUUGGGAAAACAUUAAGGAGGUACUAAAAUGAGAAGCACAAGUUGAAGGGGAUAUCAUGCAGGCUGCUUUCAUUGACUCAUAUUGAAACCUUACCCUAAAAACCUUAAGUGGACUGGCAUGGGCAGCCAGGUAUUGCCCCAGUGUUCAUUAGGUCCUCAAGACUGAGGAUGAUGUUUACAUCAAUGUCUCUGGGCUUGUGGCUGAACUUGACAAAAGAAAGGAUCUGCAACAGAGACAUCCUAACAGAGAUGAAAUCGUUCAAGAAAAGGCCAAAACUGGAGAAAAGGAAUCACAGCAUACCAAUGGGGUGCAUCCUGAAGUGCUCCCUCUGUACCUUGGCCAAGUCCUGAGAGUUUACCCUUCCCCUGUGAAGAGGGGCAGGCAUCAGGUGUCAAGGGUAUAGUGACCUUUUGAUUGGGGUCCCUUACUCACUUAUGGUUCAGGCACUGGCUCUGUGUUGUCAGUCCCAAUCCUGCAGCUGAUUCUGAGGGUAGCUGGUGAUGUGAUUCGCGCCUGUCCUACCAUUCUGUGCUGGCUUGAUCUAUUGGUGUAUAGAGAGAAUGGGAGGAGGGAUGAGAGGGUAGAGUAAGACAAGCCAGUGCGACUCCUGGCC